AUGGAGUUGUUUCGUUGCGUUUUUAUAGUAAGUGUGCAGCAGAUAUUUUUUUGGCUUCGUUUGACAUUUUUCAAGUAGGCUAAACUUUGAAAUUGCUUAAACUAAACGGUUUCGGUUGCAUUCAAUUUCUCCGUUGGUUUUACCUUUGGUUUCUUUGAAGCUCAGCUGCUUAAUUUUUGCUUAAGGAUAUACUUGCAUGCUUUUAGAGAAGACCUUUUGCUGUUAUUCAUGAUUGGUAAUUCUGAACAGAUACUUUUGAAAAACUCUCAACAGAUAAAAUAGGCGUUUUAAUGUCCUUUCUGUAUUCGCAGUCCCUUGUGGCGUUGUUGUCCGCUUUGAAGGUCCAAUCCAAAAGCCUUAGUUACGCCGGCGAGCACUGCAAAACGGGCGACAACUAUUUGCGGAUAGACUGCUCUUCGACCAAGACCUCGCUUAAUGAUAGCUCACAAUGUGAUGCUAGAGCCGAUAAAUCAAGUAAAGGUGAGUCAAAAGUGAAAACUAUUUUAGAAAUAGAUCUAAUUAGUCUCAAUUCAGCGAAGGAGCAAAGAAAGCAAUCAAGAGAUUAAACGUGAGUAUAAUUGAGUAUAUGCGUUCCAGCACAAAAGCGAUAACACAGUGAAUAUGUAAAUUUAUCAUUUAUUUCAAAUUUCAAUUUAAAAGAAAAUGUUUGAUAUUACCUGCAAAUAGCUACGAGCUAAUCGAGACUGGUAACAAAAAGUAAACGGAAAGAAUUUUGUUCGUAAAAAUCACGACAAGUUGCUAUAAGUAAUAAAGUUACACUGUGGGUAUUCAUAAGUUAAUUUUGAUAUAUUGUUAAAACUAAAAAUUCUUUUUUAGGAUAACAACAAGACAAAAUAAAAUCUUUUAAAAGAAAUGGCGAGAAGAAACUUACAAGGUUUAAAUGUCUCUCUUAUGAUUGAUAAUUACGUUAAUUUAUAUUGAUUUACUUUUUGAAGAAUGGUGGAUGGGUCGAGAUAUGCGUGUUUUUUUUUAUUUUUAUUUUUUAUUUUAUUUAUGCUUCAUGUUCCUUUACAUAUUACGAAAGUUAUUAUGUUGGCGGAGUCUCGCUUUGGGUGAGCUCUGUUUGCUGGGACACAAAAUAAUCACAAUCCCAUUAUGGGAUAUUUUGGCCACGGGAGUGGCCGUUUAUUAAAUUAAAGCAUAUAAAGCUGGAAAAACUAGAUACACAAGAACAUUGUCCCAGCAAAGGUGAGGGCACACCCGCCACUCCUUAGGGUAAAAUAAAGCUAACGGGAGGGAAGGGAUGGAAAAAUGUUUCUGACUUGUAAUGCGAGGAAGGAGGCCUUGUGCCUCGCUUCUGUGACUUACAUGACCCGUGACAUAAAUGACACUUUCGUGACAAAUCACCCGGAUGACAGGAAACCCUCCUUUGCUGGUAGCUGGAGAAAUACGAUAAUGAUCAGUCACAUUAAGCAUAAAACAAUAAAUCUCAUUUAUUUAUUUUUAUUUCAUUUGUUAUUCCAAAGUACAACAAUUACAUUAAUUUUAUUAUUAUCACAAAGCAUACAGGCACAAACGGACUACACACCUAAGCACACAUGCAAUUCCACAAUCGCACACAAGGUAUGCCUACUGUUAUAUUACAAGUGCUAUUCAAGAAAGAGGAAACUAAUCAUUUUAGUAAAAGAAGAUAAUUAACUAGAUUACAAAGUCCAUUUGUCCAUUAAUUUUUGUAAACUCUCAUUCUUAGUGCAAAUAUAUUUUUCUAUUUCAUAUUUACUGUUUACUCUAACUAUAAAACUGUUUAUGGUUGGGAGUACUUCAUUCCGUCUGCAACUCCAUAAAUAUAUUUUCCCUAUAAGUAUAAGAUAAUUAAGCAAGGGGCAUUCGGAAGGUAAAAAGCUGAUCCAAAUUCCCUUUAAUGUUAGGUGAACUAGUUGUUUUCGCAACCCAAAAUAAUAUGAUUCAACACAUUUCCAGAAUGAAUUCGAAUAAGGGCAGUCCCAAAAGAAAUGUCUAAUUAUAGUUUCUGAUUCCCCUUUGCAAAAAGAGCACGAGUUGUCUGUCCUGAACAACUUUGAGUUGGUAAAAAGUAUAGAAUUGAGUACUAUAAAUUGAAAGGCUUUGACGGUUCAAAUACGACAAAAUGGGGCAAGAGAAAUGCCUUUCUGAGAUCGUCAUUAGAUAGAUUAAAAUCAAACUUCAGUUUUUUUUCAUAAUUUGGGAGACAAGCCUUCUUUUUUAUCAAAAAAGGAUAAUAAUCUUUUGAUUUCUUUUUUGCUAUGUCGAAAACGCCGUCAUUGAUUUUAAAGGAAGGUAUUGCAUUAAAGGUACUCGAAUCCGAGUGAUUAAGAACUUUUAAGUUGUUUGGUAUUGAAUGUCUCAUAAAUAGUCCAUUCAAGGAAGUUUGUCUUUUUAACAUUUUCUGCGAUCUGUUCGUAGGAUUCCGUAUUGCUGAGAUCAAAAAGUAAGUCUCCUAUUUCGCAGAUACCGAUGUCGUAAUAUUUCUUGUAGAAAAAGGACUUGUUGUCUUUUCUUAAGUCUCGAUUAUUCCAAAUUACAUAAUGCCAAUGCCUUAUUAAGAGCAUUAUCUUCUCCAGUCGGAGUGCCGACCACCAUUUAAGUAGUUCUAAAUAAAAGGUAGAAGUAAUUUGAGGAUCCUUAACAUUAUAAUUGAAAUUUAAAAAGCAUUAGACCUCAAGAAUCUUUCAAGAUGUUUUCUGGGUAGUUUUUCCACGCGCCUGAGUUGUCACUAAAUAUUCGUUUAAGCCCGGAAAGACGGAGAGAUUUUAUCAAACUUUCAAUAUCCACCAUUUUGAUGCCUCCUUCUUCAUAAAUAUUUAUUGUUGACGCUCUUGUUACUUUAUCUUUACCUUUCCAUAAAAACGUAUAUAAUAUGUGAUUUAAAUCCUUGACAAUGUGUUCCGGAGUAGGUAACAAAGAGGAGGUGUAAACGAUCUUUGGUAUAAUAAGUGAUUUGAUUAGAGUAACCUUUCCGUAGACAGAAAGCCCCCUUGAGGAGCAAAUAUUGACUGGUUUUUUAAUGUCGACGAUUUUCUCUGAGAAAUUCUUUGAGUGAGAUAACUUAUGGUCAUAGGUGUUUUUGAGCUGACACUAGAUCAGCGAGUACAGCAGUAGUGUCAUCAGCGUAUUGAAGAAGUUUGGUCUCUUCUUGAUUUAUUACUAUUCCUUUUAUUUCUUCGUUAGCUCUAAUAAUGGCAAUCGCUAACUAAAGGUUUCCACGGCCAAAAGAAAAAGAUACGGGGAAAGAGGGUUGCCCUGCCUGACGCCACGUGUGAGUUCAAAAUAGUCUGAACACAACCCAUUAUUCACCUCACAACUUUUAAUAUGCGUAAAAAGUUUUGAUCCAGAGUUUAAAAUUUGGACCAAAAUUAAAGACAUAUAGACAAUUAUACAGGAUGUUCCAUUCUAAAGAAUCAAACGCUUUUUCAAAAUCAAUAAAUAUCAACAGACCAAGCAUAUUUUCCUUAUCUGUUAAAUCUAUGAUAUCAAAGGUCGACUAAACCGUUUCACCAAUGUAGCGUUUUUUUACCAUAUUAACCAGUUUGAUUAUGGUGCAUCAUAGAAGGAAGUACAUCUUUAAUUCUCUUGGCAAUCACUUUUGAUAUUAUCUUAGCCUCAGCAUUGACAAGUGAUAUGGGCCUCCAAUUUUCUAUACGAUCUUUGCCUUUCUUUUCUAAUAUAUAGAUUAUUAAUAUAUAGAUUUAGCCAGGGCUAAAAGCGAAGCUCCCAUUAAUAAAUUUAUAAUUUAAAUCAAACAAUAAAUUUGUGAUCCACAAAUCAGUUAAGUUAAUGGCACAUUCAUGUGACUUUUGAGGGAAAGGCUAAGUUAUCUCUUACAUCGAGUUGAUAGCCUUAUAUGUACACCCAAAAAAUAGCAAACAGCUUCGAUCACAUUCAAGAGCCAUAAUGGCUCUUGAUCACAGUAGAUUAGGCCUCGAAAACAAAUCCUUGGAAAACAAAUCAGGCCAAAUUUUUUUGCGUUCGAUAGGUUUACUUUACAAAUUCUUGCCAGUGAAAUCUGGGGGUGUGUAAACCAGCCUUUUAUACUCUUUAUACAUCACAUCUGAGGUGAAACAGUACUAUUUAUCAUACAGACCUCGGACAGAAUGCGGCAUUUCACAGUUUCUCAAGACAAAUUGCACUUAGUCAAUAUUCAGGACGAUCAAUCGUGGGCUUUUAGCGAAACCGUUCAAAAAAAUUGCAAAAUCACCCAUACGGCCAGCCGGUUCUCAAUUCUAGUGCGAGCUGUCAGUGUGGUCGAGUGUUUGAAUGAACUUUAAUAGAGUUACGCUUCAACAUAAUAACGAAUUUAUUAUUUUAUUUUUUGUUAUUUAAUGGUUUCAGUUAUAACGAUGUGUAAUCUUAUAAAGCAUUUGAUACGCACGACAUUUUUAAGUACUCCUGCAAGCGAUGCUCAUGAACGAUGAAAACAAACGGCAUGUACAAGCGAUUAAAAUUGCAAGGGAGACUACUAACAAUCAAUAAAAGAAAUAUAAUUCGGUGAGACAUUUACAGAGACAACAAUUUUCAUUCACGAAGACAGGUAUAAAGUGUCUCUAAAAAUCCUGAGUCUUUAAGCUUAAGUUAAUUAUGUUUUACUUUAAGCCGGCCUCCCGGUGUUUGCUUUUUUCAAAGAUGAACUCCUCGAAGCAAGAAAAUCGCUCAAAGGUUUCUUUCUACAGCCAUAUUUAUAACUAAAUAUUCUUCGGAACGUUUUCUUUCUAUUUGCGUUGAGAGAAUAUAUCUGAAGGCCUUUUAAAGUUCUGUAAGCUUAUAUCAAACCUGACACUAGGUCAGAUCAUCGACUCAAAUCUUACAAACAUGCAUAAACUUGCCGCAUAAACUGUGCUCGACUUCAUGAAAUUAGAUAUAACAAAAACAAACAUCAAAUAUAAUAAUUACUCAGGCUUGCCAUUCGAGAUUCAGUUCCUGAAAGCUAUCAAGGAAAGCCACAGUUGCUUGAGACUUUUAGACCCUGUUACGCAUUAAGCAAGGUGAAAAACGAAAACGAUGCCAUCCGAAAUCGGAUUACCGAAUUUUGACAAGCGACGCAUUUCUCAACCAAAAACUGAAUAAACAAACCAGCCAUGAAUAACAGAAGACUCUUGAUAGCAGCUGUAUUUCAUUUUGUACAUCCAGUCGAAAAAGGCAGUUAAAAACAUCACAAGUUGACACAAAAUUCUGUCACCUUCAGCUGUCUAAGUAAACAACUUUCAAGAUGCUGCAUAAAUUUUCUGCAUGAACUCACUGUCAAAUUUUGACCAAUCAGAGCAUAAAAAUUGGACGUAAAGCGUGACCAACUCGUGACCAAUUUUCGCGUCCGAGGUCAGUUUGAAAUCAAAAUCUUAAAAGUGCGAGGCCAUAAUGACAUAAACACAACAUAUUUCAUAUGAAUCAUUGGAAAAAAUAAACUUGAGCCCGCGAUCAUUUGAAACUGGCUAAAACUGGUUAUUUGUCAGCGGAUAACUUCAAAAAAUACUCGACCUCGAUGGGUCGACACUUGAGCCCGCGGUACGGUCAUGUGAUACUGGUCAGCGGAUACCCUGUUUUGACAGCUGUCAAUUGAUCACAACAUUGAUGAGCAAUUAGUUUUCUCCUGGGCUCCCAAACUAGCUAGUAAGUGUGAGAGUAAACAUUGGUUUCCCUGUGGUGCAGACGGACGGUCGUUCGGCGUACGGUCACGUGAUUACCAAAUUUUCUGGGAUGGGUAGAUUUUCUUAGCUAUGGGGCUCCGCCCACGCGCGGCGCGAAGCGCCGCGCGUGGAGCUCCGCUAUUAAAGUGAUUACAGCCUGCCUUCGGGAAUUAGACAUUUCUUCUUUAUCAAAGGAUUCAUUGACGCAAUCUAUGAAGGGUUCACUAAUGAGAUCCCAGCAGCUUUUGUAAAAUUCAAUGGAGAGACCAUCAUUUCCUGGAGAUUUAUUGUUUUUCAACGUUUCUAUAAUUGUCCUACAUUCCUCCGUAGAAAUUCGUCCUUCACACGAUUGCCUUUGUUCUUCCGAUAGUUUAGGAAUAUUUAACCUAUUUAGAAAUGCCUCUAUGGAUCAGAAGCCUCUACAGAGUCAUUAGUUUUGUAUAGGUUUUCAUAAAACGGUUUUGUUCGCAGAGUAUCCGAUAUGGGUCUGUAGUUGUUGAACCACUUAUUAACAAUUUUCGCAUGUGUUUUUAACAUGGUUUCUCUUUUCUAAAUUUAAAAAGUAUUUGGUACUCCUUUCACCAUACUCAUGCCAACGUGCUGUUGCCCGUAUGACGAUUCCUUUUACUUUUUCCUCACAUAAAAGUUCUAAUUUUUCUUUGAUUUUAUCUAAACGCAAUCUAUUUGAGGCACUAGGGUCAUUUUCAAACAGCCUGUUAGCAUCUUCAAGUUGUUGUUGAAUUCGCUGCUCUUUCUCAUAUUUAAGUUUGGCUUUUUCUUUGGAGUAGCUAAUAGCCUAAGCGUGCAAUCUAAUUGUAUUUGAUCCAGUCCCAAACGCAUCGUUUGUCAGACAUAUCAAUUUCACCCUCUUGUUUAACUGUUCUAAGUAGUUUUCAUCCUCUAAGAUGGAAACAUUCAUCUUCCAUAUACCAGGACCUUUUAUUUCUCCAAUGUCUUCUAGAAGUAAGGUUAUUGCUGCGAUUGAUCUGUACGUAUUGCAAGCUGUAUUUCAGUAGCGUUUAUAAAAUCACAGAGAUUGUUAGAGAUAAGCCAAAAAUCUAGACGACAGAGAACUGUUGGGGAUUUUUGACUCCACGUGUAACUUCUUGUUUGAGCGUUCUUAAUUCUCCAAAUAUCAACUAAGUCCAGUUCGCUUUGUAAAGUUUCAAGGCUAUUAAUUGCUGCUCUUCUUGGAAUCAUAUGACACCACCGUGUUUAUCAAGACCUAGGAUUUUAAGGACAAUUGAAAUCACCCCAUAAUAUGUUUUUCUAUGUAAUUUUCUAUAAUAAAACUAAAUUAUAGAUCCUUACCUUUGUUCGGUGCAUAGAUAUUUACAAGAACAUAUACUUUGUCAUCGAUUUGGAUUUUUAGUAUAAUAAAACGAUCCCAAAACAAGUUGUCGAUAGAACUGAAUAAUUGGUAUUGUUUCUGAUCAAUUUUGCUGUACCACAUGAAUUAGGGCUUCCAUAUGAGAAAAGUAUUUCGCCACCCCAUUCAUUUUUCCACUGCACCUCUGUCUCCUUCUUUGAAUGCGUUUCUUGGAAAAAUACAACAUCUGUCUUCUGUUUACGGCACCAUGUAUAAAUUGUACGUCGUUUGGUAAAGUUGCUAAUACCCCUUACGUUUAAACAAACUCAUCAAAUUAACGGUUAAAGCGAAGUUUUAACCUUAAAUGUCUAGUGCUUGAGUGCAGAAGGAACGAAGGACAACCCAGCGUUGUAUACUUCUGAUGCUAUUAAUUAAGAAAGGACGUGAACUCUUACUUAUAAAGCAUAAUGGUAUAUUAACUACAAAUAGGCAUUGACUCAAGACAAACAUAAGCCAACAUACAUAAUCACAAAAUACAGAUGCAAAGACAUAAUCCUCCUCCAGGAAUGUGUGAUUAAAGACUGCCGACUCUUUUCCCGUUUUGGAUCAAUUAUCUAUUAGGGCAACCUCCAUUUAUCUGAGUACUGAAUACAACUGUUUUCGCUUUAGCUUUGCUUUCUUAUUUACCAGUUAACGGAUGUGUUUCUGCUAAUUACAUAAUUAAAUAGGUGGUGAGAGAAAAAGAGAGAAAAAGAAGUUACGAUAAGUUAACGUAAUUUAGCAUAUUGGCAUAUUAGGGAAAGUGAAAGUUAUUUUAACGGGAUAUAUUUACCGUUUAUGAAAAGCUUAUCUGGUUUUUUUUUUUACUAAAGUUCGCUGUGUCACCUCUCUCUUUCGCAUUCUGUAGUUUUUUUAGUUGUGCUUUUCUUAAUUCAUAAACUUCUUUUGGCAUGUCUUCGAAAACACUGUAAGUCUUGUCUUUUAACAACUUCCUCCCCUUAAAUAGGAUUUCUUCGCAGUCGCAGUAACUAGGAACUUUGCGAUGAUGGGUCACGAUUUCUUACCUCUCUCUUUCCCUACCCGGUGAACGCGUUGGAAUUCAAUUGUUCCGAGCGUUUUGGAUUUGUAGCUCUUGUUCCAUAAAAUUGUAGAUGAUCUCUUUCGUGUUCUCCUUGUUUUGACUACUGACUGUACUAUUUUCUUCGUCAUCUCGUGUACUGACCUCUCCUUGAAUUCCAAUAAACAUUAAGUUCUCUCUUCUGCUGUAGUGCUCUUGGUACUGAAAGAAGUUGCAUCUUAAGAUUGUCCACAUCAUGUCGCAAACCUUUCACAUCUCGCUGUAGGUCACUAAUAUCUUGGUCGUUGUAAUCAACGCUCUGCUCGUGGUCAUUUACCUUUUGACUGGUCUUCUUUGUCUUCUCCUUUAAGGCUUCUACAACUUUUUUCAAUAAUUGCGAAGCACUCUUCUAUAUAGGCCACUGACUUGUUCAGAUUCUCUAGACGCAGUUCGAUACUAUCCAGCUUGUUUAAUUUGUUCAAAAUUAGGUCGACUUUAGAUCCUAAAUUUUCGGCCAUACUCAGCGCUUUCAAAUGUCGUCUUCGCUCUCGCUUUCUAACGCACAGUAUGAUUCUUUUCUCGUGUUUUCUUGUCUUCAGGAGAAGAAGCAUUCGACGACCACGAUUUUGGCCUAUCUUUCGUUUGAGCGGCAUUGCUAAAAGUCAUCAAAGAUAUAAUUCUUGGCGGAACACUAAAAAUAGCGUCCUACUCCUUCGGCAUUCCCAGGGGUGCGUGUUUGGUCUUUAGAUCUUAAAGAGCGACUCACGUACUUGAUUUUUGAAAUUAUGAAUGAUAUUAAAGUUGUUUUAGAUGUUUUGGUAAGGCAUUUUACGCUUUAGCUGUGUAGUAUAUGUUUAAAAUUGGUACGGCAUGAGAUUAGAGGUUGAUGUAGCAUUGAGGAAACUUGAAGGCCGAUUGCUUGUGAUAAACCUAAGGAUAGCAUAAUCAUUUUUUGUAGAUAAAAAAUGUAUCAGCCAUAAUACAAUCGUGCUGGUAGCCUGAUAUGUUAAGUAAAUUAUAACGUAGCCUUGUGGCGGACGUUCCCGUUUACUCUGUGGUUUCGCAAAGGAAAUAUAAAACGUCUGUACUCAAACCAAAAUGGGCGUGGAGUUGGCAGGGAAACACUGAGGCAAAUGAGAUCGCGAGAGCGCUUUCCGGUUGCCGGUCUGCCAUUGGUCAAAUCGGUUUUAAGAUUUGUGCGCCAAUUCGUCGCUCUCGGCAUGUUGUCAUGAUCUCAGUCAUUCUUUUUGACAUUUUUCAAGGGCUAAAGAAUGCUGCAUUCGUUUUUACAUUUUUCAAGGGCUAAAGAUGUAAUUAGUCAUCUGUAAUAACACCAAAGAAAAUUUCUUAUGGGAGCCCGAGAAAAUGAAUGUCAAAUUACACAAAAUUACAACUUACACAAAUUUUCAGAAUUUUAACUGUGUUUUCACAAUUCUUGUGAAAUUUGACAUUUAUUUCCUCGGACUCCCAUGAGAAAUUUUCUUUGGUGUUAUUACUUACCUCGGUUGGUCGCUGGUACUGGCGACGUCGGUCAAGAUUCUCCCAUACAGACCUCCGCUCGGUUAAUAAGAUGUUUAUUACAUGGCAAAACAAGAAAGCAAAGGAACAAAACAUAAAUAAUUUUAUUUGCUUCCCUGAGCGGGCUCAAGCAUUUAGCUGGCUUUCUUGUGUCACUGGUCUCCAGUCCUAUCGGGACAAAAAUGACUGUUCAAAGUCCAGCUUUGUACAAACUUCGUCAAUGAAUGAAGACAAAAUUUUUCACUCAGGCUAAAUGAAAAAGCUUGUGGUUGAAACAACAAUUUAUGAAAAGUGGCCAAAAGUGUAACUGCCUGUCUGUGCCCUAAUCGCUCAGCGAUCAGUUCUCAUUCAGCCUUGCGAUCUCGCGAUCUUCGACUGAUCAUCACAGAAAACGUUGAUGUUAAAUGUGCAGCCUAAUUAUAUAUUGUAACAACAGAUUACUCAAGUAUCCAAAAAUAUACAUUCAGUUUUGUGAUUUCUAACAGUUUACUAUCAAGACCGCUUUAGAUUGUUUUUUUUUUUCCCAAUAUUUUAGUUACAUUUUGGUUACAAUCUUACUAUCCGCGCAGAUGUUUUUAAUCGUCUUAUUAAUUUUACCAUUACUUUUUACAGGUAACGAUACAAAGCAUACCAUUUUAGAUAGUGUUAAUGGUACGAAGUGUAUUCAGUUUACCCAUCCAGGCUCUGGUGAAAGGUAUGCGCUAAAGGUGGAAUAUAAAACAGGGGUGGGCAGAGUAGUUUUUGAGGUGAGUUGACAUUACAAUCAUAUGCAGGGUAUUCACGUACAGUUGAACCUCAAUUAGGCGGCAACCCUUGCCGGAAUACAAGUAAUUGGCCGCUUAAUAGAGGUUGGCAGAAACAUCACUUUAUUUUCAGACAAACCACAGGCAGCCCAAGCUCAGUAUGAGAGUUUAGUCAGCGUGUGUUAUCAUAUUGCGUAUUCCUCAAAAUGGCCGUGAUUAUAAAGGAUUUGUAUCGGAAUUCAGGUAAGCUUGGGCUGCCUGUAAACAAAGACGCAAAGGGAGCGUAAUUUAUACUGCCGCUUGAUAGAGGUGAUGGGGAAUGGCCAAAAGGUGCCCGCGGCCUUUUGAUGGAGUUCCGAGGCCGCUUAUAAAAUUAAUAGAGGUUUUGACAAUACUUUUCCACAAUUAUUUCGCCGGCUACUUUGAUUACUGGACGCUUAAUAGAGGGGGGCCGCUUAACUGUUGGCCGCUUAAUGAAUUGAGGGUUCUACUGAACUUAGCUCUAGUAUUAUUAGAACCAUUUAUAAUAUAUUGCAUAUAUUGUGGGUGUAUUUCACGAGCACAGAGCCUUUAAGUGUGCUCUUUCCCUUAGACCAGACAAACAUGUCAGAGACCACUGGAAGUAAAUCAAGAGAAAAUAGAAACACAUUGCUGGAUAGAAACAAAAUUCCAACCUAACCGCGGCGUUCCAUUACUAAACGUUUUGACUGAGACUUUGAUUACUUCUCGAUCAGUCAUGUAGGACUGGACGCGAGAAUGUUUGAAAAAUGAAUGGCAAGUUUCAGUCGGACCGGGCCGACUAGUCAAAGAUGACCUACUUUUUUCCAGAACAUUUCCACCUUCGCAAAGCGUUCCAUUUAUAUUUAGACCAAGAUUUCCAGAAGGUUUUGCAUAAUGGAAACCGCUUUGAGACCAGGGUAUUUAGUCAACGGUGCGAGGUUUUGUGAAUGGUUGGCUGAGUUGGUAGCGUACCGAACUGCUGAGCGAGAGGUGGCGGGUGCGAAACCUGAAUAGACUGCCAACAGGAGUCUAAAAAAACGGCUAGAUUGCAGAAUACCCAGCCCACUAAAUAUCUGACUUAAAAAAACUGAUCCCGCAGCCCCCCAGUCGUCCGAUUUGCAAAAGAAAUUCUGACAUCGACUGUGGGCGUGCGCGAGUGCGGGAGAACUACGUAGUAUACCUUGUUCUAUAAGCACACUAGUUACUUGAAAUCGACUGCGGGAGUAAACGGGACUGUGGGAGCACUAGUUAGCGACCGCGCACAGGAGUGCUGGACUGCGGGAGCACUGUCUGGUAUACCUCGUUCUAUAAGCAUACUAGCUACUUGAAAUCGUUUCGUGAGUACGGGACUGCAGGAGCACUAGUUGUAUACCCACUUACUAUUUUCUUUUUGGCGACUGUGGGAUUGCUGGACUGUCGCAUGAGCACUUGUUUUACUCACUUAGAUUUAAGUAUUCGGCAUAACACGACUGCGGGACUGCGGGAGGAGUUUUACAAGUAAGACAUUUAGUGGGCCGGGUAUUCUGCAAUCGCUAAAUAAACACUGGUGAGAUCUUGCUGACAUAAUUUAAAACUGAGACAGUGCAAUAGUUCUAAUAGUUCUUAAAAUCAACAAUAAUACAAGAAAAGGUCUAGCUAAGUCAAUGUAAAAAGUGAGUGCCGUCCUCAAGUAAUAGAAAAUUGUUGGCAAUAUUUGCUUCUCCAAACAGAUAUUUUACAGAAAACAGUCGUUGGGUGCCCCUGAAGAAAAGGUUACAGUCAAGCCAAGUCAAGCGUACCCUCAAGAUUCGAUUAAUGAAUACUAUUAUUCGAAAGUUGAAUCCGUUGGUAGUUGUAGAUUUCACAUUCAUCUCUACAUUCUUGCGUGCGUAAUGAGCCUUGUAUUCACACGCGACACUUACGCGAGGCAGUUAGGAAUUUUCUACCGGCUCAUUUUCCCUGAAAUUGAUGUAAAUGUCUUCUAAGAAAUUUCGUCCAUUCAAAGAUUUUCAAUUUGACCAAAUACAGAGAAGUUCCCGUAAAAUGUCUAAAAUAUUUCACUGCUCAUUACGCAUGCAGUAAUGCCGAUUUGAAUUUGACAAUAGUUACGGGAACGACUAUAAACGGAUUCAAACUGAAUCAAUUCAUAAUAGAAUUUUAGGGGUACGCUUGACCUGCCUUGACUGUAAGCAAAGUUAGUAAAGAGGUUUAAAAAAACAAAUUGAUCUAAACGGCCAAGACGUAUCAAUGCUCUGGUAUUUAUACACUGUGUUCAAGUAUAUUCGCCGGAUGCAUUUUAGUUUCGUGGAAUUUGCUACUAACAGUUAUGAGAAUAAACGCCUCCUCGUGGGCUCCGAAAGUUAUUAGAUCAUUCACGGUAUUACUGUUUUACAUAAUAAUUUUGUUUACAGAAGCAUCAAUGUGACGAAGACGGCAAUGACCCAGAGGAGUUCCGGUUUAAUCAGGAAUGUUACCGACAUGGUGGAGGACGUUUUUAUGUAUACAAACCAGUCAAGAACCAAUCCUUGUGCGUUAGCAAAAACUGUGUUUCCCAGAAACUAUCUCUUUAUAAGUAUAAUAUUACACAAAAUGAGACGGCACAAGACACACCCCACCUACACAGGACAACAAUUCGAUCGUCGUUGCGCAUUUAAACGUUUUUUUUCUGUAAACCGCUGAAUGAUAAUUGUGUUGUUAAUAAACAUGAUGAUAAUUUGCAUCUGACUAAAUUGAUAAAGUAUAUCGUGUAAAUUUUAUUACUUUUUGAAUUUUCUAUGAAAUUGAUAUUUUUGGUCGCUAAGCUCGCCCAAAGGUUUCCUUUCAAGCAAAGACUAAUAUUUAAGGACAUGAAAAUCAACAGCUGUGUAACAAUGCCAAUAGUAUUCAAUUUUCUUUACAUAUUUUUAAAGAAAUUAAAACUCAUUGAACCCAACAUUUCAGUUGCUAUUGGGACGGAGGAAUUUGUCGGGGGGGAUUUAGGGGGAUAGGAGUUAGAAUGAAGCAUUCUUAGUUCUCAAACCAAACUUUAUAGACUGGAAAUCAUUGGGCAAGAAAAUGAUAUCUUUCGGUCUCAAACCAGUCUGAUUGUAAAAGAGGGUCCUUAAGAGUCGAAGUCCUCUAAAAAGAGAGAAAUUCCGCUCCCAUUUUCAACAUUGUUCACCACUUUCACCAAAGUCGGUCUCUCGUAGAAAACCUGUAAAACCCCAGGUAACUCGGUAAAUCUGUUUAACCCUAGCGCGUGUGGCUAUAAGACCACACUUGCGAAAGGCAUGGGGCUCAAGAAUGUUUAAAUUGAUAAUUUAUUUGAUUCUAUUUUCAUUCAUGUUACAACGUCAUUCAAUAUUACAAUCAGUCUUGUGUCAUAGCUUUUCAGUAGUAUUUACAAGCUUACAAGGGUUAAAAUGCAGCGUGCACUUUCUUUCCACAAACAUUAAAACUUGAUGAAUGUAGUAUGCACACAUGCGACAUACCGUAUUUAUUCGAAUAAGCGCCCAAUCUCGAAUUAGCGCCCACCUCGAAUAAGUGCCCAUCCUAAAGGCAGAAAAAGUUAAUAAGCGCUCAGCCUCGAAUAAGCGCCCACCUCCACCCCACCGCCUUUCCCCUCACACCCCCCAAAAUUGAAUGAGUACUAAUAAGAUACUUCCCCGACGACGGAGUUCUCUUCAGAGUAUUUUACAGAAACCUUGCUUUGUUACAUCUUCGCGUUUUGUUUUUAGUAUUUAUUCAACCUCGUCUCCAGGGCUUGCGCUGGGGACGAGGUUGCUAUUUAUUGUUUUGUUGCAAAAUAAACAAACUACACUUGCUGAAAAUGUUGAAAAUUUAAUAAGCGCCCAGCCUCGAAUAAGCGCUCACCUUCAAUAAGCGCCCACUCUCAAGGUCCAAAAAUUUAAUAAGCGCCCAGGGCGGUUAAUCGAGUAAAUACGGUAUAUUUAUGAAAACAAACUAGUAGUUAUUUCUGGUAAGGUAAAUUACGUUCUUCCUUGAUCCUACUCCUGCUGAAAUUCGCAGAAUUUGUGUUAUGUAUAGCAUAGUAUCCUUUAUAUUUGAUAUAACUUGUUCACCAGGGGCGUCCUCAACAAAAUUUUUUAGGGGAAAGCUCCGCGCCGAGGUCUAACCCCCAACCCUUUAAUAUACCAUUUAUGACAAAAAAGGUACCUCUUUCAUAUACCUUCUAUUAACAAUUGGUAACCCCUUUUACUUAUACCUAGUUUAGAACUUUGCAUCCCUUUAACCGCUGUAAAUGCAGUUUCUUUGAUUUAUCAAAGAUUUAAAUCACAAAACAAGUUUUCUCCACUUGAUCACUGCCCAAACAUGCAUCUGUAAGCCCCUUUCGGCCUUUGUACAGACCGAAAUGACAGAUUUCUUGAUCUUUCCCAUACUUCAACUAUUAUUCCCUGCCCUUUCUUUAACUGAAGCCUAAAAUAGAUACCCCUUUCGGGCGAAGACUCCCCGUAUAAGCCAUUAUAGGGAGCACUUCCAGGCUUGGUCAUCGCAAGAAUGGGCUGAUUUAUGAUACUAUGGGGGCCGAUUACCAUUAAGUGUCUAUAAUACGAAUAGAUAGAUAGAUUGAUUGAUAAAUAGAUAGUGACUUUAUUUAGCGAGGGUGGCACAUAACUGACAAUCCAGUGGCCCUCGAAUUCGAAUGAAAAUUUUGUCUGCACGAACGUCCUAAGCCUAUAUCAUUCCACUAAUUUGUAUAAUAUCACUACAGAAAAACCGAGAUCAGACUUAUUCGCCUCGUCCCUAGUGGAAAAACAAAAAGGCACAAUUCUGCUUGCAACUUACAGGAACUCGACCUAAAUGAACGCAGCUUAUUGCUAAGUCGGUUGAAUAGGUCGCGAGAAAUUAAAAGGUCUCCAUCUUCUGAUCAAAUUCCGGAAGUCGUCAAAGGGUAAAUGAUAACACUCUUUCAAGACGUUACUUUGAUUUUAAUUACAUUUUGCAAAGUCAAAAAUAGCUUGUUGCAAAAUAAGAAAUAACUUGACGGUGCCGUUAAUUCGAUGUGCUGAUCACCAGUUGGUAUCGGCAGCAAGAAGUUGUAAUAAACUGAAAUCCAGCUGCAUUAUCGCAAAGUGAUACUUGUAAAAGUAAAUCUCAUUAUUUCUAACGUUGUUUGUCGUCGAAGUACUUACAAACACCCCAGAUAAUUAGCGACGACCACCCGAGAGUAGUGAAAAAUGCUUAUUGGUGCAUUACAUUGCUUCCCCAGGAGCAACAUUAAGAAUCACAUUAUUAAUGCCGGACAUUUGAAUGAAUGACAGAAUUACCAUAAAUAAGACAACAAAGAGUGUGGCAAAUGAGGCGAGCAUUUUUUUCGGUUGACACGACUGUAUUGUUUAUACGAGCGCGAAGGAUGGGUCUUGUUAAAGCUCGAGUUAAGACGCAGACACAUCUUGGUUGCCCACCUUUUACAUGGAAAAACCAGUCGGUUCACGGUUGAGGCAAAUAAUAGCAAAAUUCAGGGAAUUAAGGGUGGUAAAUUCCAUCAGAAAUAGCGUUUACCAUUUGCAGAAAUCAGUCUCAUUUACCAAAAAUUCAGAACGGAUAUUAAAUCGGAAACUGGAAUCAAAGAUGGCUCUGAAAAAAUGAACCUGAACAUGAACUUCCGUUCGGAACAUUUUAAACCAGGAAAACAGGACUACCUUUUCAGAUGUUCCUUUUCAGUUGGGACGACCAUAAAAGUCGUGAUUCAAUAUUAACUUUCCAACCGGAUUUUCCGAAAACUUAUUUGUAGAUGAAUAAAAGUGAUCUAUACCUUUUAAGACGUUCCGCGUUUGUUUUGGAAUUUUUUUAUGGGAACGACAGUCGUGCUCCAGUUACUUUUCAACCGGAUUUUCUGGAAACAUUUUGCUGGUGUACAACGGUUAGGUGGCAUUUAUACGGGAAGAUCCCGUCUUAUAAUAGGACGCGUCUUCAUUGUCCUCGUGUAAAUGGCAUUAAUAUGUAAUAUUUCAACGUAUACGUUAUUUUCAUGACAAAGGUGUGGUUUUGCUAAUCUAAACGUAUUGCAUCUUUGCCGUUCUCGUUGCCUUCACCGUCGUAGUUACUUAAGCUCCCAAUUGCUGUGAUCCAGAAAUUUUGCUACCAUGGUAACGUGACGUCAUACUUCUUCUUUCUCUAUUCUGCCAGUGAGGUCAUUACAUAGUGUCUUUACCCAUUCAUAAAAUGCUUCAAUCAGAGAUAUGAAGAAGAUAGGAAACAAAUUUCAUCAGGGAGCUCUAACUAUGAUGGUGAUGUUUGCAGGCAGAGCAUUAAAACUUUUACUAACUUUUCUUUUUUCAAGUUUCAAUCCAUGACCAUCUUAACCAUCUGUUGUAACAGACGACAGGCCGGAAACAGUUUUAAGCCUAAAUGUAGUCGAAAACUGGACCAUUAACUUUGGAAUUCAAUAAAUGUGAAGCCAGGUUUUAGCUUUUUUAAAAAAUAUAAUAGUAAAUAGAGUGACAUGGUCUUUUUAAAAUCCAUUCCAGAAUAUAGUGGAAAAUUAAAAAACCAUCGAUUUUUUAUCGAAUGUUGCUCCUCAAAUGACGGCUGUAAAACGUAAAGUAAUUAAUCGUUGGUGGGGACAAAAAUAUAUAUACAGAAGCCCAUUGCAGCGUGAAGAUCACUGAUCACUGGCGAAAGGCAACUCGAUCUUUCUGGUUACUCAGUAUAGAUGCUUCUGGGUACUAUAGUGCCGGCGUAAAGAGAGGUGUCGAUAAUAGAGAGCUUUAGAUUCUGAGACGAGGACGACUUCGAGUACGAGAUUUUCUCAAUACUGAGUACUGCUCACGGGCCGUGAACCAGCGUCAUUUUGGUGGCAAAACGUGAUAGCCGUCGUAAUUCUACUAAGAGUUUUAAAAGUCGUAGUGGCGGGAACAGGUCAUCAAAGGUAAGAAGUUUUAUCAUUUUGCGAUCGGAAGAGGGUUUAACCUUCUUUAGUAUAAAUAACCCUACUAACUUUUUUGGUGAAAAAAACUAAAAUGAAUCUUUCCGGGGUGUCUUUUUUUAGAAUACGCAUUAAAACUUUGAGUUAAAUCUCGUAUUCGUACUCGUUUUCGUCCUCAAAUCUAAAGCUAACUAAUAUAGAGAGCCGAGGACAAGAAAGCAACUCCGUAAUAGAGAGUUGACUAUUUUGAAGCGGAAAGAAACACAAUUUGGUUUGUAGAUGCAAUUUUUCUGCAUCGUUAGCCGCGAAUGUUGACUGCCCGCUGAGUUUUGCUUUCGUAAACUUGCACACAUAGAAGUGAAGUUCUUCUUCCUGGGCUAAUAUAGUAAAUCACUGGCCCCUCUGAGACUAGUUUUGUUUCUCUGCAAUCUCAAUGUCUUCCCCGAUUCCCUCGUCGCGUGGGUAACAAAAUUAACUUUUUUCCUACGGACUAGUCGUUAAGUACUUGUAAACUGCAAUAAAAAAUAUUGUAUUUUAAAACAUAUAAAAGAGUUAUAUUUAUUGAAAUAUUGUAUUGCGGUAUGUCAUGAACACGAUCAUAGAGAACAGUAUGCAUUAAUUCUACGAGACUAGACAUUUAUUAGUGGUUUAGUCUUACAAGAUCUAUUUCCAUGUCCGAAUAGACCUUGUCACGGUUUUGAAUACCAUCUUGACGAGAUGGCUUCCAAAACCGUGACAAGGUCUAUUUGUCUUUUGAGAAUUCCAAACGAUUUUUGCUCAAAGAGCUACAAAUGAGUUUCAGGCUUAAUUUUCUGCUUGCAAGGUGAAAAACACACUUGAAGAAGUUCUCUUUUAACUAGAACGUAAUUCCUGUAUUUAAUACCGUUGUCGCGAAAAAAAAAUUGGGAAAACUUGUUAGAUGUAAUGUUACAUACAUUUUAAAAGCGUUAUUUUAAUAUAGGGACGUCAGCCCAAAUUAAACGUCAGGCUGAAAAAAAUGUUUUUUCUCCACCUAGAUUCAGGCCUCGUCCACACGUAUCCGGAUGUUUUUUGAUCUCAGUUUUCUAGAAAAAACACACUUCCUCAAGUAGCAUAUUCGAAUCGUUUUCGCCCUUUCCUCUCGACAACGCUAGAGCAUGCGUAAUGCAGUGCUAUAUGAUGUAUGACAUAAUUCUGUUCGAAAAGCUCCGUUUUCGUCCCGCUUCCACAUGAAAAUUUUCUAAAAUCUCCACUCUAGACCGUUUUAAAAAACCUGCGUUUUUGUUGCUCGAAAACGCCGUUUACGUGUGGACCGAAGGCUAAAACGGACAAAAGAAAUCUCAGUUUUCAAAAUAUCCGGAUACGUGUUGACAGGACCUCAAAAAAUAUCUAUGAUAUAAACAACUAAUACUGUGCCUCUUCGGUACUUAUGUUUGCGCUUCUUAAAAUACUCAUAUUUCAUUUAAUUCAUAGGACAAAUGAAUAAAAUAUCCUUGAAUCAAACUAAUGUGGCCGUAAAGCUUUGAUAUCAGCAAUUUAUGAUAUUCCUUAACCGAAAACGACAAUUAACAAUCGCGCCGAGAGCAACUAGCCUCUUGAGUGCUAAGUACUUCAUAUCACGACAUUCGCACAGCUGACGCAUAAACCAAUUUAUUGUUUUAUAAAAUUGUCAAUGCAAUCAAUGCGGCAGUUGACUUCAAAUUUUAUUAUUAAUUAUAACGCGCGCUCAAAGCAGUACGCGUCAAUGUCUGAGUGACUAUAUUUUUUUUUACAUUGACAGUUAUGUUUAAGGUUUAGAAUCCAUAUCGAGAUGGAAAACUAUUAGUUCACCGAAAAAAUUAUUUUUAAACGUAAAAAUUUGCCCUCCACAUACAAUCUUUUUUUUUGUAUAACAGUAAGAGUGUUGUUUUACCGGCCCACACCGAAUACCGUUGUCUUAUUUUUCUGCCGAUUAAACACUUAAAAUAUUGUAUUAUUCUCAAACUAUAGCUUAUCAGUUUAUGACAUUUCCGUUUUACAAUGUUUUGGGGUUUCAAUUACAAGGUGUUAGGUGUCUAGAUCUAGUUUUGUCGUUAAGAAGAAAGGAAUAAUUUUAUACAGUUAAAAAAUAACAUUGCAUUGUAUUUAAAGAUUUAUAGCGCACAAAAGUUUGAGCCUCGGGUUCAUUCUUAAAAUAUCCUUAAAAUUUCAGCUUCGAUAUUCUUAUAAAAAAUAUUCUUACAAAGAAAAAGAGUGUGGCUCGCACAGAUGACAACAAAAACACGUACCUAUCUUUUUUCUGUUAACAAAUUCAGUGUCUUUCUUUAGAUUACGUUAAAAUUUGUGAACGCUUCAUCUUGUGCUAUUGAGUUAUGGAAGCAAUUGGAGAAUACUAAAGCUCACAAAAACUCGAGGUAUUUGUUGGCGUUAUCAGCGAAUAUCAUGGAAUAUGAAGCAUGAAGCGCUAUUGAAUUUAAUUUGUAUAUCUUAAACUGAGUCCCCUGUUAACUCAAGGACUUCCGCUUCCUAACUCGUGAUUUCAUAGCGAGAGGUAAAGUUGCGAAUUCCGAUUUUGGAUUGAAGUUAUACCCCUUAAGACCGGAUUAAGAUUCACCGUCUAUCUUUUUGGUGACAUCACAACACUGACAGUACAAAAAAAUUGGGCAUGUUAUGGUAGUUUAAUCUUGUUUUGGAACCCUCUGUUAACUUGAACUUAACACAUAGAUUCAUGCUUUCUAUAGUUCAGUCAGUGAUUUGUCAGGGAAAAAUCCAAUUCAGGCUACAAGGUCAGGGAAAACGUGGGAAGUUUCUUUUGAGUUAGGCAAAAUCUUAAUUUUCAGGAAUAGUAAUGACUAAAGCAUUUCCGGUCACUGUGUUCUGAAGGAUGUCUUAAUUUCUUUAUGAAAAAGGUAAACCGUUCUUUUGAAGUUCUGGUAGAAACUUUUUAAUUAAUAAGGACGCAAUGAAAUUUUGCAUUGAAUUGGUUUGGGUAAUUUCAUAAUUUUAAUCGCGAAAAUGUCGGGGCAUUUUUAAAACCGUUGUCUAAAACUGACCAAAACUGACGAUAUGUUUGUUAUUUCCCUUCAGUUAACUGGAUUCAAUUUCCUAUUAUGUAAACCGGAAAAAUUAUAUUUUCACGGCCCAAUAAAUCUUUUGAACGGUUUCUUGUGCUUUUUAUGCCUUAGAAUUUUCUCGUAUUGGCUCGCUAAGAAUAUUUUUACGGCUACGGACAUAUGAGAUUACCUUUUGUAAAACUAAAAUAGGAGUGUUUCGCAUGCAGGCGUCAACGAAUUUGAAAGCUAAUCUUAAUAAGCUUUGGAUGGAUGGCAGUUCUAUCUUAAACAGAACAAACUAAAGAUUAAUUGUUAGACGUAACGGGAAUGUAUUCAGUGCCGUAGCCAGACCAAACGGCCAACCGAGAAAUUUUGAACUUUAGUCUCUCGGAAAUGCGAUUUGCAGCGUUUUCUGGGCCUUUCGGUAACUUUUUUUCGAGUUAAUUUAAGUGGAAUUUAAAAAGCAAUAAUCAGAAACAAGCUACAUAAUCUGGGUGACCGUUAACCUCGCCAAUGGUUUUGAUCAGUAUUUGUUCAAAACAAAUUUGAGUUAACGUACGUAGCCCCUUGAGAUCGAUGAUAUGGUAAUUUUUUCAUAGUAUAUUGACUGAAUUGCUGAAUUCUUUGUAAUAUCAUGAUGCGUUAAAAAUAUCCGAUGAUCGCUUAUGUAAAAUAAAAAUGAUCGGCGAAAUUCGUCAAAAUUUUACCGAGGCGAGUGCCUCGGUUGGCCUCAUACUAGCUACGGCGCUGGUAUUUCAUUUUUAUGCGCACUUAAGUGAAUUAAAUUUUGGAGCACGUAAAGGGGCAGUGCCACGAGGAUAUUACUCAGGUUUUAGAUCAAUUCUGUGCUGAUAUCAUUACUUAAUGUCUUUGUCGAUACACAAAAUUCUCCUGUACAGUUAUGAAGUGGAUAUUAAACAAAUUUCACCACAAACCAUAGUAUUUUUUUGGUGAUUUUUGCAGGCACAGCAUGAUUGACACAUGAAAAAGUUGGCUCGACUUUCUUUAAGUGUACAUCCAUUUCCAUGCAACAGAUGACAGGAAACUGUUUUAAUGCUUAAAGAACAAACUGGACUAUUAUUUUUGGAAUUUAAUGAUGCGAAAAAUAUUUUAACUUUUAAAAGAUACAAAAUAGCGUGACCUAGCCCUUUUUAAGGCGGCUAUGUAGUGACACGCUACCGUUUGGUGUGACCGUCACUAUGAAGCGGAAAAAUGAUGUUUCCCUUAAAAUAUAAUUUUCCGGAUUUACAAGACCGCCAAAAAGCGGUGGGCGAUUUAUAGAAAUUUUGGUAAAUUUGGAUGUGGUUUUGCGGUUUUUGACGUUUCCGUGCCUGAUUUUUGUCCUUUUCUGUUCUGUAUUGAGAUUCUGAAUCCCUUUCUCUCCCCUUCUAAGGUCCCCUUUGAAUUAAAUGAGAAACCAAAGCUUUUGUAUGAUUUUAAAGAAGCUAGUAGUUAUUUGUUUAACUAGAACCGGACAUUGCCCGAAGGUAAAAAAAAAAAACAUCACAAAGACAGUUUAUCAUGCAUUUGUAUAUCUUGGCAUCCAAGCAGCAAGAAACAAACUUGGGAAACAUAUCAAAUGCCCAUGCACGCAGUCUGAAAUCAAAGUUUUUGCUGUCAGUCCAAGAAGAUCACUGGGAGCAAACACUCGUGUGAAGAGAGCAAGGGUACGUGCUCAUCGUCUCGUUUAUGGGGUGUGCGGGAGAAAAUCAGAGGAAAGGUCAUUUUAGCUUUGCAGUUAUCCCCUUUGGGCUAUGCGUGAAGAAAUAAAAAAACAAAAGAGAGAAAAAGAACGAACGAAAGAAUUUGAAGCAAACAUAAAACACAAUAUAUGUAUCUUUUAUUUGGUUGUUCGUUUUAGAAUGGUAUCCUUUAGGGGUCAAAGAAAGCUUGGACCACUCCCAGGAACAGGUGAGUCCUGUAAGUGCUUCCACCAAUAUUCUCGAAUAGUCGCGCUUUAGCCUUGAAACCGAUGUGAUAGUGAUCAACCGGGAUAAUUAAGGGAUAAUAUUUGUUCUUCUGGUAGAACAGUUCAGCUUUUUACGUGACUCUCAUAACGGAAAAAUUUAAUAGGAUCUCAAUUCCUUAGAUAUUACACAACAGUUAAAAACAACCCAAGUUCUAGCAAAGAAAGGUAUUUAAGCCUGGGGUCAACAACUGAAAAAUUAGUUGAAUCAGUUUAACUGGUCUAUCUUAAAGUCCUAAGAGCUGUACACGGAGGAGAAGUCUUUAGAAAUGGAGUUAUUUCGUGGCGUUUUUUUAUGGUAAGUGUGUAGCAGAUAUUUUUUUUUUUGCUUCGUUUAACAUUUUUCAAGUUAGGUUAACUAUGAAAUUGCUUAAACUGAACGGUUGCGGAUGCAUCAAAUUUUCUCGGUUGGUUUUACCUCGGUUUCUUUGUAGCUUCUUUAUUAUUGCUUACUAAGGACAAUUGGUUUUAGAGGAUAACUUUUGCUGUUAUUCAUGAUGGGUAAUUCUGAACAGAUACUUUUGAAAAACUCUCUAUGGAUAAAAUAUACGUUUUAAUGUCCUUUCUGUGUUCGCAGUUUCUUGUGGCGUUCUUGUCUGCUUUGAAGGUCCAAUCCACCAAAAAGUUCAAUCCACCAAAAGUUGCUAUAAGUUACGAGGGUCCCUGCAGUCAAAUGGGCGACCGCUAUUUGUGGAUACACUGCUCUGCGACCAAGACCAAUAGUUCACAAUGUGAGGCUAGAGCCGAUGGUCCAACUAAAAGUGAGUCAAAAGUGAAAACUGUUUAGAAAUAAAUCUAAUUAGUCUCAGUUCAGCGAAGGAGCAAAGCAGUCAAGAGAUUAAACGUUGGUAUCAUUGAGUAUAUGCGUUCCAGUACAAAGGCGAUAACACCGUGAAUAUGGAAAUUUAUCAUUUAUUUCAAAUGUCAAUUUUUUAAAAAAAUUGUUUGGUAUUACCUGCAAAUAGCUAACGAAGCUAAUCGAGGCUGGUAACAAAAAGUAAACGGAAAGAAUUUUGUUCGUAAAAAUCACGUCAUGAAAAGUUGCUAUAAGUAAUACAGUUACACUGUGGGUAUUCACAAGGUAAUUUUGAUAUUAUUAAAACUAAAAAUACUUUUUUAGGAUAACAAGAAGGUAAAACAAAAUCGUUUAAAAGAAAUGGCGAGGAGGAAGUUACAAGGUUUAAAUGUCUCUCUUAUGAUUGAUAAUUACGUUAAUUUAAAUUAACUUUUAGAAGAAUGGUGGAUGGGUCAAGAUAUGGGUGUUUGGUCUUUAGAUCUUAAUGAACGACUCGUGUACUUGAUUUUUAAAAUUAUUGGUGAUAUUAAAGUUGUUUUAGAUGUUUUGGCAAAACAUUUUACGCUUUAGCCGUGUAGUAUAUGUUUUGAAUUGGCAUAUCGAAUUAUGUUUUAGAUGUUUUGGUAAGGCAUUUUACGCUUUAGCUUUAGCACCAUCCAGUAUGAAAGAACGAGCACAUUCCCUCUUGUCAUAUAGUGUAUCCUCCGUAAAGGUUCAUAUUUUCUCUCUUGUGGACAGGCAAAAAAGGACUCGAAUACUCUAGGUGUGGAUGCGUUUUGUAAAAAGGGGGAAUCUCUGGUUAGGUGUGGAAGGGGGCUAAAUAUAAAUUAUGCAGCAAUUUGUAUGGUUUAGUUUACGUAUUUCAACAGCAGAUUACUAUCAUACCCAAAAAUAUAUAUGUUUAAUUUUGUUUGCGAUCAAUACCGCUUUAAUUUAGAUUGUUUUUUUUCUCUUCUUUUAGUUACUGAGUACAUUUUCGUAAUUUUUAUUAAUUACCAACCGUAAAGCUUUAUCACCGUCACAUUAAUUUAAACAUUUCUUUUGCAGAAAAUGCCGAUUCAACAUUUCAGAUUUUACCAAGAAAUGGAACCGGAAAUAUAACGUGUAUUCAGUUUACUGAUUGGACUGACUUUGGUAAAAAGUAUGCACUCAAGGUGGUGAAUCAAAGUAGAACGGGAGAAAGCAGCGCGUUUAGAGUAGUGUUUGAGGUGUGUUGACAUCACAAUCAUAUGCCGCGUACUAACGUACAGUUAAACCUUCAUCAAGGGGAUACUCAAAGAAAUUUUAUACGGGGAGGCUCCGCUCCCUGGCCCAACCCCUUUUACAUACCAUUUUUGGGGGAAAAGAUACCCCUUUCGUAUCAUGGUACCCCUUUCACAUACCUAGUUAAGGUUUAGGACUUUGCUUCCCUUUUAACUGCUGUAAAUGGACCGUCUUUAAAAUUUAUGAAACAAUCAAAAAAACCAGAACGUUUUCUCGACUUUUCUCACAGCUACAAAAAGCAUCUUGUAACCGUUUAGGCCUUUUUACCGUCCGUAACUACACAUUUACCUAGCCUUUUAUUUAUGUAAAGCCUGAAAAAGCUAUCCCUUUUGGGCGGGGCUUCUCUCUCUAGGUGAUUAUAGAGAGAACUCUCCGGAACCUCCAUUGAGCGGCCACCCUCGGGAUACCGGCAAGUGACCGCUUAAUGUAAAUUGUUCACUCAAUGAAGGUUUGUAACCCCUUGCACAUACCUAUUUUGGAACUUGUCAUCCCUUUAACUGCUGUAAUUGCGUAAAUGCACUGUCUUUAAGGUAUGAAUAAAAUACAAAACCAGAGCGUUUUCUCGACUUUUCAUGACCAUAAAAUGCAUCUAGUAGACCUUGGGUCUUUUACUGACCAAAAUAACACAUUUCCCUUUCCUUUCAUAUGCUUCAGCAAGUGAAAUCCUGCAGCUGAUCCUACUCUUUCAUAUACCUGAACCGGAAAUAAUAAUUUCGAUAAAAAUACCUGAAGCCUGAAAAAGGUAAGCCCUUCGGGCGAAGCCUCCCCAGUAUAGAUGAGACUUCGAUUUUUUUGAACACUUUAUAUAUUACUGUUUUACAUAAUCAAUUUUGUUUACAGAGGUAUCAAGGAUGUAGUGUCACCACACCCAAAGAGUUCUUGUUUGUAGAAGAGAAGGUCCCAGUUAGACUUUUUCGGUACAAACCGGUCAUGUUCAACAACCUAUCCAUGUGCCUUGGCAAAGAGACCAGCUGUAAGUCCCUUGAGAAACUAUCUCUUCUCAGGAGUGGAAUCAAUGUUACAGACAAAGUCCAAAGGCAUUGCGUAUUUAAACAUUAUUGA